CCCUGCCAGGCUGGGUUAGGGAUGAGCCCAGCUCACCCAGCUGCUCUUGGCGAUCAGUAAAACCACCGAUCCUGCUUUUCCUGCUGAGAACAAGCCUGGAAAGGGGGAUUGUCUCUGGGAAACUCCAUUCGGGAUGGAGUGGGGGCAGCACGGAGCUGUCUUGGAUUGGGAUGCUGGGCACGGGCACAUCUGUGGAGUCUCCCCUCAGCUUCCUCUGAACUCAAUUUAAAUACCCUCAAUUCAUUUCUGACAAACCAGGUUAUUUUUCCCCCCUGGUGAUGAUCUCCAUCUGAUAGAAAACCACCUUAUCACCUUGCUAGAUAUUGAUUCUGAGGGAGUUACCAGCAAUUAUUUAAAACAUUCUCUUUUCCCUCAACUUUUUUCCAAUCUCUCCCUAUUCCUGGCCUCCAGCAGGAGAGGCACAGGCGUGGAACAGCUGCUGCUUAAGGCCAAAAAUAAAAUGAAACAUCCAGAAGGGGCACGGAGAGGCGACGGGAGCUCUGUAUCAACAGAAAGAGGUGAUUUUCCAUGGAAAUGGCCAGAAAUUGACGGAAAUGGAUUUAACCCUUGCUGAGCCCGGCCGCGCUCCCAUCGCCUAGCAACAGCACGCCAUGCCCUUAUAUGGCAACCGCGUCCGCCCACUCCCCGUCCUCCCUUCUCAUUGGUUGCGCGCCGUGUGAUUGACGUGCACACUCGCCAUUCCUCACCCUCCACGAGCCUCUCCCGCUCCCGGGGCGCGGCGCUACCCGGAAGCCGGUGCAGGAAGCGGAGGGGAGGAGCGCGAGAGACGCGUCCGCUGCGCUAACCAAUGGGAGAGGAGCUUGGGGGCGGCUCAGCCAAUGGCAGCGUGCGGGGGCGGGGCUGCGGCAGCCGGCAGCGGGCGGCUUCGGGAGGCGGCAAAGGUGGGAGCAGCGGCAAGGGGGAUGCUGCAGGUGCCGGUGCUGGAAGCAGGAUGAGUCUGGCGGCGAUGGCGAGCGAUGCCGAGCUCCAGUGGGUGUCCCUGCGGCUCCGUGUGCGCUGGGCGGCCGCGCUGGUGCUGCUGCUGAGCUCCCUGGUGAUGCUGCUGCUGCCUCUGGACAACCAGUGCCACGCCGUGCUCAAGGGCCUGUCCCUGCUGAGGAAUAAACUGGGCUCCUCGGGAAUCAGCAGGCUCACGGGACAGAGCACGGAGCUGAGCGUCACCUCCAAGGGGCUGGAGCUGCUGGUGCUGAAGGGAAAAGCAUCCCCAGAGGUGAAGUUGGAAGCCAGAGCAGCUCUGAAUCAAGCCCUGGAGAUGAAGCGCCAAGGGAAGCGGGAGAAAGCCCACAAACUCUUCCUGUAUGCCCUCAAAAUGGACCCGGAUUACGUGGAUGCCCUGAACGAGUUCGGGAUCUUCUCAGAGGAGGAAAAGGACAUCCUCCAGGCCGACUACCUGUACUCCAAAGCUCUGGCCAUCUCCCCCCACAACGAGAAGGCUCUGAGCAACCGCGGCCGGACGCUGCCCUUGGUGGAGGAGAUCGACCAGAGGUAUUUCAGCAUCAUCGACAGCAAGGUCAAGAAGGUGAUGGCUAUUCCCAAAGGGAAUUCCGCCCUGCGCCGGGUGAUGGAGGAAUCCUACUACCACCACAUCUACCACACGGUGGCCAUCGAGGGGAACACGCUGACGCUCUCCGAGAUCCGGCACAUCAUCGAGACCAGGUACGCCGUUCCCGGGAAGAGCCUGGCGGAGCAGAACGAGGUGAUCGGCAUGCACGCGGCCCUCAAGUUCGUCAACACCACGCUGGUGUCGCGCAUCGGCUCCGUCACCAGCAGGGACAUCCUGGACAUCCACCGGCGCGUGCUGGGCUACGCCGACCCCGUGGAGGCCGGGCGCUUCCGUGCCACGCAGGUCUUCGUGGGCCACCACAUCCCGCCCCACCCGCAGGACGUGGAGAAGCAGAUGGAGGAGUUCGUGCAGUGGAUGAACUCGGAGGACGCCAUGAGCCUGCACCCCGUGGAGUUCGCGGCGCUGGCGCACUACAAGCUGGUUUACAUCCACCCCUUCGUGGACGGCAACGGCCGCACCUCGCGGCUGCUGAUGAACCUGAUCCUGAUGCAGGCGGGGUAUCCGCCCAUCACCAUCCGCAAGGAGCAGCGCGCCGAGUAUUACCACGUGCUGGAGGUGGCCAACGAGGGCGACGUGCGGCCCUUCAUCCGCUUCAUCGCCAAGUGCACCGAGACCACGCUGGACAUGCUGCUCAUCGCCACCACCGAGUACUCCGUGGGCCUGCCCGAGGCGGGCGGCACCGCUGGAUGCAAACAAACCAUCCCUGUCAAGACUUGAGGGUUUUGGGCAAACUCCAGGAGCUGGUGAAGCCGUGGGAGAGCAGAACUCCAAGGCGGUCGGUGUUCCUGCUGGGAAAUGA